AUGCGGCCCUCCCAGACAGAGCUGUGGCUGGAUCUGGCUUUGACUUUGGCCCUCCUGGCUGUGAGGUGGGCCUUAGCCCAGGCCCCCAUCUAUGUCAGCAGCUGGGCAGUGCGGGUGACCAAAGGUUACCAGGAGGCUGAGCGCCUGGCCCGUAAAUUUGGCUUCGUCAACCUGGGACAGAUCUUCCCUGAUGAUCAGUAUUUCCAUCUGCGGCACCGGGGUGUGGCCCAGCAGUCCCUGACUCCGCACUGGGGCCACCAUCUGCGCCUGAAGAAAGAUCCCAAGGUGAGCUGGUUUGAGCAGCAGACUUUGAGGCGCCGGGUGAAGCGCUCCCUGGUGGUGCCCACAGACCCCUGGUUUUCCAAGCAGUGGUACAUGAACAAGGAGAUACAACAAGAUCUCAACAUCCUAAAGGUUUGGAACCAGGGACUGACCGGCCGGGGAGUGGUGAUCUCCAUCUUGGACGAUGGCAUUGAGAAAGACCACCCGGACCUCUGGGCUAAUUAUGACCCUCUGGCCAGCUAUGACUUCAAUGACUAUGAUCCCGACCCCCAGCCUCGCUACACACCCAACGACGAGAACCGACAUGGAACGCGCUGCGCUGGGGAGGUGUCUGCCACAGCUAACAAUGGUUUCUGUGGUGCCGGUGUGGCCUUCAAUGCCAGAAUUGGAGGCGUGCGCAUGUUGGAUGGAGCCAUCACUGACAUCGUGGAGGCUCAGUCCCUCAGCCUGCAGCCGCAACACAUACACAUCUAUAGCGCCAGCUGGGGCCCGGAGGAUGAUGGCCGCACGGUGGACGGACCCGGCCUCCUCACGCAGGAGGCCUUCAGGCGUGGUGUAACCAAGGGCCGCCAAGGGCUGGGCACACUGUUCAUCUGGGCCUCAGGAAACGGUGGCCUCCAUUACGACAACUGCAAUUGUGACGGCUACACCAACAGCAUCCACACUCUGUCAGUGGGCAGCACCACGCGGCAGGGCCGAGUGCCCUGGUACAGCGAGGCCUGCGCCUCCACGUUCACCACCACUUUCAGCAGCGGUGUGGUCACUGACCCACAGAUCGUCACCACGGACCUGCACCAUCAAUGCACCGACAAGCACACGGGCACCUCGGCCUCCGCCCCGCUGGCCGCUGGCAUGAUCGCCUUGGCGCUGGAGGCCAACCCGCUCCUGACCUGGAGGGACCUACAGCACCUGGUGGUCCGCGCGUCCAGGCCAGCGCAGCUGCAGGCGGAGGACUGGAGGAUCAACGGCGUGGGGCGCCAAGUGAGCCACCACUAUGGCUAUGGUCUGCUGGACGCGGGGUUGCUGGUGGACCUAGCUCGCGUGUGGCUACCCACUAAGCCUCAGAAGAAAUGUGCCAUUCGGGUGGUGCACACCCCCACCCCCAUCCUGCCUCGGAUGCUGGUGCCGAAGAACGUGACCGUGUGCUCCGAUGGCUCGCGCCGCCGCCUCAUCCGCUCGCUCGAGCACGUGCAGGUCCAGUUAUCGCUCUCCUACAGCCGCCGCGGGGACCUGGAGAUCUUCCUCACCAGCCCCAUGGGCACGCGCUCCACGCUCGUGGCCAUCAGACCGUUGGAUAUCAGUGGCCAAGGCUACAACAACUGGGUCUUCAUGUCCACUCACUACUGGGAUGAGGACCCGCAGGGCCUGUGGACCCUGGGCCUGGAGAAUAAGGGCUACUAUUUUAACACAGGAACUCUGAACUACUACACCCUGCUGCUGUAUGGGACGGCCGAGGACAUGACAGCGCGGCCCCAGGCCCCCCAGGUGACCAGCCGCGCGCGCGCGUGUGUGCAGAGGGACACGGAGGGGCUGUGCCAGGAAAGUCACAGUCCCCUCUCCAUCCUGGCAGGACUCUGCCUCAUCUCCAGCCAGCAGUGGUGGUGGCUCUACAGCCACCCACAGCAGCCAGUGACGGAGGGACAGGCCAGCUGUCACACACACCCCGUUACACCUGCUGCGGCAGUCUGAGCAGCGACUACACUGCCUGUCCCCUGUCCCUUGUGUUGGGAGAGCUC